AUGAAGUUUGCCGUGCUCGUCUCAACGUUCUGUGCAAUUGUUGUGUUCGGUAGCGUAACACAAGCCGCGAUCGUACCCGUAGCUCCAGCGGUGCCUGUAAGCACCAGCUACGAUCCUCUACCACAGUAUACCUACGCAUACAACGUGCAAGACGCACUGACGGGCGACAGCAAAAGCCAACAAGAGACGCGAGAUGGCGACAUUGUGCGAGGCUCAUACUCGCUCGUGGAACCGGACGGCACUCUGCGCACUGUGAUUUACACGGCCGAUCCAGUCAACGGCUUCAACGCCGUGGUUCAGCGAGGUCCGCUUGUUCCGAAGGCUGUUGUGCCGGUGGCAGCUGGCCCAGCCGUCCUGGCACCAGCUCCAGUGUCUAGUCCGGUCCUGGCUGGUGGUCAACCUGGCCCAGAAGCGGUGGCGACAAACUAUUCCAUUGACGAAGCGACUGGGACGGUCUGUGACCACCUCGCUAGUCAGCCUAGUGCCGAUGGUUAG